AUGUCCACACCGUCUCUGGCAACCACUCUCAUACCAGCUCACCACUCGCAAUAUGGCUAUGCUCAUCAAAAUCCCUAUUCCCCGUCAAAUCGGCCGUACCCCGCCACCAAUACACUACCUGCACCGCAGAGACUGACCACUUCCUACCAUUCUUACCCGAGUAUCACUCAAUAUCCCCGACCUCAACAAUCCCCAGUCUCGUACGGACAACCUUCAAUCGUCUCAUCAAUGGCUCCCUCCCAAUCGGCUUCGGCUCUGCCCGAUAUUCACAGGAAACAGCCGGACUGGAACGAGUUUUACAAGAACGGAGUUCCUAAAGAAAUCAUCGUUAUCGAUGAUGACUCUCCCGAGCCUCAGCGUCCUAGCAAUACAUCAACCCGACAACCACGACCUAAUGGUUCGUUAUACGCGUCAAAUGCCGGACGGAAAAGAAAAGUUGAUCAGGGCUAUGAAAUCGAGUACACAGACAGCCCAACUUAUUCCACUCACCCGGCCAAAUUUGGUGAAUCAUCAUCAUCGGCUUCUUAUCACUCGGGCGACCGAACGACUUCUUUGCAGACUGUGACAGCCCCGACAUCUCUUGAAUCGUACGGUUCCAACACUGCCAGUAACAGUUACGAAGAUGUAAGAGUGGGACAAAAAAGAAAACGGGUCCAAUCACAGAAAGAAACCAGGGCACAAGCAAAACGAAAGCAACAGGAAUCUGCCCCAGAUGCAUUUGCAGAUUACAUACCCCCUCCCAAACCACUGCGAAAGGCUGCGGAUGUUCAUGUUCCUGUAAUCCGCGAUAAUCUCCACAAACACCAGAAAGUGGACGAUGACGACGGCCAUUAUAUGGUGACUGCGAACACACCCUUGACUGAUCGCUAUGAUAUCAUCAAACUUCUCGGGCAAGGAACCUUCGGCAAGGUUGUGGAAGCCUACGACAAGAAAAAGAGAACAAAGUGUGCUAUCAAGAUCAUCAGAUCGGUUCAGAAAUACCGGGAUGCCUCUCGAAUUGAGCUGCGCGUUCUCUCCACGCUUGCGCUGAACGACAAGACAAAUCGAAACAAAUGCAUUCAUCUACGGGAUUCAUUCGAUUUUCGAAAUCACAUCUGCAUUGUCACCGACCUUCUCGGCCAAAGUGUCUUUGACUUCCUCAAAGGGAAUGGGUUUGUACCGUUCCCAAGUUCUCAAAUUCAGAGCUUUGCCAGACAGUUGUUCACUAGUGUAGCUUUCCUGCACGAUCUGAAUCUGAUCCACACAGAUCUCAAACCAGAAAACAUUCUUCUGGUUCACAAUGCCUAUCAAACCUUUACGUACAAUCGGACGAUACCGUCAUCGUCACACACCACCUCCAGAACAGCACGACAAAGAAGAGUACUUCUGGAUAGUGAAAUCCGGCUCAUAGACUUUGGCUCCGCCACUUUCGACGAUGAAUAUCAUUCCUCAGUGGUCUCGACUAGGCAUUACAGAGCCCCGGAGAUCAUCUUACAGCUUGGUUGGAGCUUCCCUUGUGAUAUCUGGAGCAUCGGCUGUAUCAUCGUCGAAUUUUUCACGGGGGACGCAUUGUUCCAAACACAUGACAACCUUGAACAUCUAGCCAUGAUGGAGGCGGUGUGUAACGGAAAGAUUGACCAGAAGCUGGUCAAAGCCGUUUGCUCCGGCGGUCGUGGAGCCAAUGCAAAUUCUGCCGCCAAAUUUUUCAACCGAGGAAAAUUGGAGUAUCCCAACAAUGAAACGUCCAAGGCAUCCAGAAAAUACGUCAAGGCAAUGAAACAUCUUCAUGAAUUCAUUCCAGCCAAUACGACCUUCAACAAGCAGCUGCUCGAUCUUUUGAGAAAGAUCUUUGUCUAUGAUCCUAAGAAUAGGAUCACGGCAAAAGACGCACUGAAACAUCCUUGGUUCAAGGAGUCACUGGUCGAUGAUGGAACAGAAGCCAUCCGGAUACGCGAGGAACGUGCCAAUAUUGGACCAGACGCCAAACGACCGCGUGUCUGA